GGAUCCGUGAAGCCCAACAACGAAUGAAGACUAGUAGCUGUGCUCUUCGUCCACCUCGACUCGUCGGCUCGCCUCGGCUUCCUUCGUUGGUCCGCACCUUCUCCCCUCACCCGCCGCCGGGGAUCCGCUCCGCCGUCUCGCCUCCCGCCCCGUGGAUCCACCUUGCCGCUCCAGAUGGAAUCCUGCCCUUCGGUGAAGAACAUCCUUCUGCUGGAUUCCGAGGGGAAGCGCGUCGCCGUCAAGUACUACACGGAUGAUUGGCCUACUCUCUCGGCGAAGCUGGCCUUCGAGAAGUCGGUGUUCGUCAAGACCCAGAAAGCCACUGCCGGAGCAGAAGCUGAGAUUGUAAUGUUUGAUGGCCACAUUGUGGUGUAUAAGUUCAUCCAAGACCUCCAUUUUUUUGUUACUGGAGGAGAGGAGGAGAAUGAGCUUAUUUUAGCAUCGGUCCUUCAAGGAUUCACUGAUGCAGUUGACAUUAUUCUCAGAAAUAACGUCGACAAAAGAACAGCACUCGAAAAUCUGGAUCUCAUCCUAUUGUGCCUCGAUGAAAUUGUUGAUGGAGGGAUUGUCCUGGAAACAGAAGGAAGUGUGAUAGCUGAAAAGGUGUCAGCACAUGGAAUAGAAGGUGCUACUUCACUCGCUGAGCAGACUAUAGUUCAAGCCCUAACAACAGCAAGAGAGCACUUGACCAAAUCUCUUCUUAUGUGAUGUGCUCUGCUUUUGGAGCUGAAGAUGGAGUAGCAUCCCGUUGUUACAUCUCUAGGACUGAUACGUUCAUUGCAAUAGAAACGACGGAACAGAAUAUCUGAAUCCAUUUGCGUGUAGAGUGGCACGUUCCCUUCAUUGACACUAUCUGGUUCAGUUUUGCGAGUAUUUAAAAAACUGCACAAACAAGAUUGUGAACGGUGAUUGUUUCAAUUUUGAUUGUUCUUUGUUUUGUAGAUUUAUAUAUAUGUUGUUGUGCAGUGGAUCAAUAUAUUGCUUAUGGAGAUGAAUGUCUUUCUUUAACUCGCUUUUGGUA